AUGGAAGGUAGCAAUUUCAGUCAAACUCAAGGAAGGGGAACAAAGAGAGAUCGACAUGUAUGGACAAUAGAUGAAGAAAAUGCACUUCUAGAUGGUCUUGAAGAAUUAGUUGUGCGAGGAAUGAAAGCCGAUAACGGCUUCAAGAGUGGUUACAUGAUUAUGUUAGAGAAGUGGUUUGAAGAAAAGUUCCCUUAUUCUAACAUCAAGAGUAAUCCUCACAUAGAGUCAAAAAUGAAAAACUUGAAAAAGUUGUAUAAUCAGAUAUAUGACUUGAGGAAUCAAAGUGGCUUUGGAUGGGACCAUGAAAAACAUUGUGUUGAUAUUCAUUUUGAGGAUAGUUGGCAAAAAUAUUGCAAGACCUAUCCAGGAGCUACUUCUUUGAGAGGGAAGUCCUUCCCUCAAUAUGAUCGACUAGCAACCGUAUUUGGAAAAGACCGUGCCAAGGGAAAUCUCAGUGAAGACCCUUCAGAAGCUCAUGCGGCUGUAGAUCAUGAAGGUGAAAAUCAUGAUAAUGUGGCAACCAAUAGUGAGAUGACAGGGAAAGCAUUUGAGGAAUUACUUCUCCAAGAGAUGAGAGAAGAGAAUGAGUGA